CCGCAGAGCUCAACCCUCGGCCCAUUCCUAGGCGCGCGGUUUCCGAUUCUGCGCAGUUGAGCCUGAUCCGCCUCGGCUGAGCUUUUGAGAGUUGUGCGGAAAAACCGAUGAAGUCCUGAAAACUUGUAACAAAGUAGCGAUUUCAGCAACGAUGAGUGGAUCUGUUGUCGACAACACCGUGUCAUCGGGCAAUUCUUCGGCUGCAAUUCCGACAGACAUCAGCGGGCAAAUAUUAGAUCUAGACGAAGACGAUGACUUGGAAGUUUUCAGUAAGGAUACGAAUCUAACAGACGGCAGCUCCUUCAACGCCUCCAUGCAGACCUCCCCUGCUUCAAUGAUCAACCAGUACAAGUUUGAAGAAGAAGAAGAUGCUGAGACUAAAGAUAUUUUUGUCACAGUCGAUAACCCAGAGAGUCACGUAACAGCUAUUGAGACAUACAUAACCUACCGGGUUGUGACCAAGACCACACGGAGCGAGUUUGACUCGAGUGAGUUUGAGGUGCGAAGACGAUACCAGGACUUCCUGUGGUUAAAGGGACGUCUGGAAGAAGCUCAUCCCACACUUAUUGUUCAUCCACUGCCUGAGAAGUUUGUGAUGAAAGGAAUGGUGGAGAGGUUUAAUGAAGACUUCAUCGAGACGAGGAGGAGAGCGCUACACAGGUUUUUGAACAAAAUAGCAGAACAUCCCAUUUUCUCCAGCAGUGAGGAUUUUAAGAUCUUUCUCACAGCUGCAUCUGGGGAGUUGACCUCUCAUAAGAAACAAGGUCCAGGGUUUCUGAGCCGGAUGGGGGAUACGGUCAAAGCUGUCGCUGCUGCGGUCAGAGGGGUCAGAAACCGGCCAGAGUUCACCGAAAUGCAGGAGUACGUGGAGGCCUUCAGUCAGAAGAUCAGCUCUGUUGAUAAAGUUACUCAAAGGAUCGUCAGAGAGCAGAAAGAGUACCUGGAGGAGCUGAAGGAGUGUGGGCCGACAUACGCGCUGUGGUCACAAUCAGAGGAGGAGCUGGCCGAGUCCCUGAAGAACGUGGCAGGCAGUGUGGACAGAUGCUGCAAGGAGACAGAGGAGCAGGUCAAGCAUCUCAAUGAUCACCUGAUUCCGGUCCUUCAUGAGUACGUCCUCUGUGCCGACACACUCAAGGCGGUACUAAGGAGGCGAGACAACAUCCAAGCAGAUUUCGAAGCGAAGACUGAAGCUCUUGCUACGAAGAAGACCGACAGAGACAUGAUGAGAGAUGAUCUGGAUAAAGCGGAGGACCGGCUGGAGUGGGCAAAUAAUGCACUCAAAAGUGACUGGACCCGCUGGCAAAAGGUCAUGAGAACUGACCUACGAUCAGCCUUUGUCGACACAGCAGAGAGGAACGUCAGCUACUAUGAAAAGUGUUUGGCUGUAUGGGAGUCGUUCUUGAAUUCUCAAAGGACAGACGCUGAAGGAAAUGGAAAGGUUGACUUUUCCUAAUCUCUCAUGGUGCUUUUAUCUGAACGGGGCCACCAAAGACGCUUUUAUUCCUGCAGAAGCCAAUAAGAUUCAUAUUUCGAGACUGAGGCACCAAAGAGAGGGAAAAGUCGCCCUGUACAAACAUCUCCCAGCUUUCACCAACUCACCCAGAGAGAUCGAAAUGUCAUCAGUACGUUUGGCUCACGUUUGAAUUUUUGCUAAUGGGGAAAAAUGAUAUUGCCAAAUUUUUUAUACUGAGAACUAUUUUUCAUUUUUGUUUAUAUAAAUGCAACACAUGAGAUGAAAAAAUAAUGCAAUUCCUGGAAAAUGAAAAUGCACACAUUAUGGCUUUAUUGCAUCAUCUGACCUUUCUAGUGAGGAUUUUAUCCAUAUGAUGUUUGUGAUUCAUAUGUCCUGCCCUUUUACAGAUCAAUGCAAAUGCUGUUUACCUCUUAUCAGAGCGGCCUCGCUGCAAAAACCAUUCGAUUAGUGUAUAAAUAAAUAUAAAUGCACUCUGAAUGGAUGCAUUUCUUGCAUGGGACUGAAUUCAUCAUUGUGCUAUUCCAUUCAGGUUACUGAAGCUGCAUCUUUAUGCAAAAAUCAUAUAUUGAAGAAGAUGCUGACAUUCCAGAAUUGUUUACAUGUUAUUGAAGUGCAUCAAAAGAAUUUACUCGUUGCCUUUUAAUAUGAAAUGAGUGUAUUGUUUUAGAUACUUCCAUAUGAUUUUGAAUGCGGUGCACUAAUAUCUGAAAGUGUAAUAAAUUGCAACCUGAUUUAAAACUAUGCUUUUACAGAUCGGUAGUGAAUUUAAUGUCUUGGAUUUAUCUAUGUAUUCUUGGAAUAGCUGUAAAGAAAAUUAUUGAAAAGAUGGUUGAAAGAAGUCUUGCGGUGUGUGUGUUUUAUUUUCUCUCUCAAGGGAAAAUAAGCAAACAGUUCAGUAUGUUGGAUCCUAAACUGGGUUACCAUCACAGCUUGAUCACAUGAAACAUUAAAGAGCUCUUUAAAUAAA